AUGAAUCAAUUUAAAAAAGCUGAAAGUUCUUCAUUAAUUUAAAAUUACUAUAUGGCAAGAGAACCUUUGUUAAAUGAAAGAUAAAAAUAUUUCAAUUCUAUUCUUCAAAAGUUAUAAUUGAAUAAUGAUGAUUAAGGACAAUUAAAAAUGAUAAUUGAUUAAACAAAUUAAAAAUUAGAAUUACCCAAUAGUUUGGAUUUAAAAUUUGCAUCAUCUAUUCCAUCUAUUAUUGAUGAAUAAAUUUAAUUUUUAAUCAUUAAUGAAACAAUUGAGACAGAUUCAUUAAAUGUGGAAUAAUUGCAAUAUCAAUGUAUUCCUGAUUAUAAUGUGAUAUAUUCCUUCUUAUGGAAAGAUAAUAUGGAGAGAGUAGAUUAAAUAUAUGAAUAUUUAUUUAAAUAAAUACAUGAAGAAUAAGAUGUUUUAAUUUAUUGUAAAAAUGUCAAUGAAAUAUAAUCAUUUGCAAAUAUAUUGGGAUACUUAGGUUAAAUAUAAAUUAGGUUGACACCAGAAUUUAAUGAAUUAUAUUAAAAACUUGAUUAAAGAAAAACUUAAUAAUACAAUCAUGUUAUUUAUUUACUUAUUGAACCAUAAUAUUUGGAAUCUUAAUGUAUAACUCUAAUUAUCCAUACAUAAUACAGAGAAAUUAGAAAACCAUACAUAAAAAACAGUAUCAUUUAUUAAGAUCAAUUAUUAUCAAGACAAGAUUUAAUAAUUAGAGAAAUACCAAAAUCUAAUUAAUUUGGAGUAUAAAUUGUAUACAAUUUUACAAAUGAAACUUAUGUUACUCUACCUCCAAAAGAAGUCAAAUUAGAAUUUAAUUAAUAAGAUAAUCAUAUUGAAUAAUUUGAUAAAUCAAAAAAUAGUGCUAUUAUUAAAGGUGCUUUGAAUAGUUCAGGUAUGUUAUUAUAAUAUAAACCUAAUUCAAAUUUAACUAUCAGAACUAGUCAAAUUUGGUCAAAUAAGGGUGAUGCUUAUUCAUGGAUAGAAAUAAUAGAUUAACUUGGAUCUUUUAUCAAUUCAAUUCUUCUUAAUACAGAUAUAGAUAUAAAUUAAAGCAUUUUUGAAUUUACUUAAUUAGAAAAGUGGUGUAAUUAGAAUCUAAUCAAUCUAUAUAAAGGAAUACUAAUUCUUCUUUAUGUUUAGUAAUUUUCUCAAAAAUAUGUAAAAUCAUUAAAAUAUUAUAGAAUUGUCCUUAAAUUAAUAUACUUAAUUUUGGUGCAUUGACUAUGGCACCAAUUAGAAGAUCAUCGAGUAUGUAAGUAGUUUAAGAAGACAAACCAUAAGUUGAAGAAUUAUUAAAAUUAAAUUUUCCUGUUGCAGAAUUAAGAGAAGAUAGAUUAUAUUAUAUUUAAGAUUAAAGUUUUAAACUAAAUUAAUUUUGCAUUUAAUAAUAAAAAGGAAGAUUAUAAUAACAUAUUCAUAUUUUAGCUUUAAAAGAAAAUUCAAUUUUAUGUCUCCAUAAUAAAAAUAGAAAAUAAUCUAUGAAUCAAAAAGAAAUAAUAUUUAAUAAUGUUUGUAAUGCAAUUUUAGAGGAACUAUGGAAAAAUUAAGGAAUUGAAAUAACUGAAUUAGAAAAUAAAUAUAAUUGUUCAAUAGAACCAAAUUUAAAUUUGAAUUUAAUAUCAAUUUAUUCUGAUGAUAAAAUAGAUAUGAGUGAAUUAUAAGCAAGAAUAGAUCAAAUUAAAGAAAAUCUAAAAACAUAAAUUAUAGAGAUCAAACAUAUAAGUGGAAAAAAAUUAAUUUUUUAGAGUGGAGCCAUCAUUAGUGAAUGGAUAAGGUAGCAUGAAUCUAAAGAGUUUAAAUUAGUAGGAUUACCACCAAAAAUAACAGAAAAAGAUAUUAAAGAAUUAUUUGAAGACUUUACUGUUAUAACUCAUCUUAAAUUAAAUUAUUUCGAAAAUGAAACUUAAGCUUAAAUUGUUAUUGAAGAUAAAGAUGACAUGCCUUAUAUUAUUUAAGGAUAUGAUUAAUCAGAGUAUUAAGAUAGAAUUAUUAGUGUUAUUACAGAAUAAAUUAAUGAUAAAUAAUAAUAAAUAAUUAAAUAAUAUAAAUACAUUUUGAAUAUAAUAUGGUAUGCCAAAUUAUGUUCAGGAGUCUGUACUGUGUUAUUUAAUGAAAUGUCUUAAGCUAAAUAAUGUUUAGAUUAAUUUAAUAAUUAGUUAUUAGAAGGAAAAAAAAUUAAAAUUACAUAAAUUGAUGAUUUCACUUUAAAAUUUUAGAAUUUAAGUUCAUUUACUACUGAAAUUGAUAUUCUUAUGUUGUGUGGUGGGAAAAAGCAUGUAAAAUUUAUUGAUUUAUAAUCAAAAAUUCUAUAAGAAACUAAGAAUGAUUAUUCACAAAGAAUUAUACAUUUAAUCAAUAGAAAUAUUGAAAGAAAUGAGAAAAAAGAUGUUGAUUUCAAUCAUACUCACUUGAUUAGAAAAACAGGAGGAAAAAGAAAAGCUAAAAUUCAAAUUUCGAGUAUUCAUACUAUGUAAAAAUUAUUAGAAAUUUUAAAUGGACAAAAAAUAUAAUUUGGAGUAAAUUUAGUGAAAAUAAAUAGUUAAGGUUAAUAUUAUUAAUUUCAUAAAAUUCCUAUCCAACUCAAACCCCAUAUUUUAAACAUUUUAAAGGAAUAUGAAAAAUUUAAUUUUAAGGUUACUUUCGAAUAAGGAAAUCAAUAAAAUAAAAUGGAAUUAGAGGUUAUCAUUCGUUCAUAAAAUAUAUUAAUACAUUAACAAUUAGAUCAAAUUUUAACUAAUUUCCUUUAAGGUUAUAAAAUUGAAUUGAAAAAUAAUGGAGAUUUUCUUUUUACUACUUUUGGAUAGAAUAAAUUAAAAGACUUUGAAAAAGUAGAUGGAAGUAUAUAUUUUAUGAUUGAUCAAUAUAAAAAAGUGAUUCGUGUAUGUUGUUAAAAAGACAAAUUAAAUGAAAUUACUGAUUAUGUCAAUUAAAUUACUUAAAUAGUUGUUUCUCAUAAAUUAAUUAUACCUCCAGGAGCAAUUAAAUAAUUAGUUGGGUUAAAAUGUUAAGGUCUUGAUAGUAUAAAAAAACAAUUUAAUUUGAUCUAGAUAAAAUACAAAUAACUGAGUAAAGAAUUGUAUUUAGAGGGAUCAGGUUAAAAUAUAUAAGAUGCUGUUGCUUGUAUUGAAUCUGUUGUUUCUUAAGAAAAUUUAGAAGGAGAAAUAGAUCUUAAUGAUGUAAAAUAAGCAGAAUGUCCUAUCUGUUUUGAUAAUAUUAAACAUAGCUAUUUAUUAUAAGGUUGUGGUCAUAAAUGUUGUUUAGAAUGCAUUUCUCUACAUUGUAAUAGUGUUUUACAAGAUGUUAAAUUAUUUCCUGUAAGAUGUCCAGUGUGCAAUGAAAAAAUGAUUCUAAAUGAUAUAUUGUAAAUAAUUGGUUAAGAAAACAAAGAUACUUUGAUAAAUUUGGCACUUAAUAAAUUUAUUUAGGAAAAUAAUUAAGAUUUAACAUACUGUUAUACUCCUGGAUGUAAUAAUUUUGAAUAAAUUUAAUAAAAAGAUAAAUCAAUAUGUUGUUCAAUGUGUUUAAAAUAAUAUUGUUGUUUAUGUAAAGUAAUUAUUUAAUAUAUGAGAGGCUUUAAGACAUCCUGGUUUAACAUGCGAGGAAAAUAAGAUUGGUGAUUAAGGAUUAUUAUUAAAAUUAAUGAAAGAAUAAGAUAUUAGAAAAUGCCCAAGUUGUUAAGCCUUAAUAUAAAGAAUUGAUGGAUGUUAUAGAGUAACUUGUUCUGUCUGUAAAAAGAGUAUUUGUUGGAAAAAUAAUAACAAGGGUGUUCCUUGUAUGAAGGUAUUUAAAACAUCUUCAGAAUGUUAUGAGCAUUUAACAAAAGAACAUGGUGGUUAUUGGUGA